UGUGAGCGCGCUUAUUUAUCCGCCCGGCCUGGCCAUGCUCAGCCUUCUUUUGCUCUCAGCUGCUGCUCAUCCUGUUUGCCUCCUCGCUCUCUCUCUCGCUUUCUCUCUCUCUCUCGCCCGUUCGUUCGUCCCAUCCAUCCAUCCCCUGCGCUAGCCCCCAUCAGCUACAACAGCAGCGAGUGGCUCGAAUUCCCGAGUCAUCGUCCACACACACACACGCGCGUGUGUAGGCGAGAAGCGAGAGGGCCCCUUUGCAAACCGGAAAGUCGUCCAGCCCAGCAAUAUUAGGCCACCGUAAUUUAUUCUAAUUAUUAUUCUUCUUCUGUGGCGCGCCGACGUUUAUGUAAUUUUUUUUUGGUCGUGAGUCACUGCGAACAAGGCGACUUCAAAACCAGCGAAAGGAAGGAUGACGCCGACCCCAGUGAAGGAGCAGGAGAAGGCCAAGGAGGCCAAUGGCUGCCCCUACUCCCCCGCGGGGCAGCUCUCCGUGGGCGUCGCAAAGCUCGCGCUGGCGCCGGACACGCCGCCGCCGUUCCCCCAGAACGGCGAGGCGGAGGUGGCGGGGGAGCGCGCUUGGAUCUCGCCGGCGCUGCCCAGCCGCUGCACCUGGUACCUGGGCACCAAGGACACGUCGCCUCACUUGCACGCCGCUCCAAAAGAACGUCCCAAAGUCUUGCCGAACAUUCUGUCAAACAUCGGGAACUCGCCCAUGGUUCGCAUCAACAACAUCGGCAAGACCUACGGACUCAAGUGUGAAAUUUUGGCCAAAUGCGAGUUCUUCAACUCGGGCGGCAGCGUCAAGGACCGCAUCGCUCUGCGCAUGGUGGAGGACGCGGAGCGCGAUGGCCUCCUCCAGCCCGGGGACACCAUCAUCGAGCCCACGUCCGGCAACACCGGGAUCGGGCUGGCCCUGGCCGCUGCCGUCAAGGGCUACCGCUGCAUCAUCGUCAUGCCGGAGAAGAUGAGCGCCGAGAAGGUGGACGUACUGCGUGCACUGGGAGCGGAGAUCGUCCGCACACCAACAAGCGCGAGCUUCGACUCCCCCGAGUCUCACGUGGGUGUCGCCUGGAGACUCAAGCACGAGAUCCCCAACGCCCACAUCCUGGACCAGUAUCGCAACCCCGGGAACCCCCUCGCGCACUACGACAUCACUGCCGAGGAGAUCUUGGAGCAGUGCGAUGGCCGUGUGGAUAUGCUGAUUGCUGGCGCUGGUACUGGCGGCACCAUUUCUGGCCUUGCGCGGAAAUUCAAGGAGAAGUGCCCAAACUGCAAGAUCGUGGGCGUGGACCCAGAGGGCUCGAUCCUGGCCCUGCCCGACGAGCUGAACAGGACGGAGAAGACUGCGUACGAGGUGGAGGGCAUCGGUUACGACUUCGUGCCCACGGUCCUCGACAGAACGGUGGUGGACGUGUGGUACAAGAGCACGGACGAGACCUCCUUCCUCAUGGCGAGACGCCUCAUCCGCGAGGAGGGCCUGCUAUGUGGCGGGAGUUCGGGCUCGGCGAUGGUGGCGGCGGUGGAAGCUGCCAAGUCGCUGCGCGAAGGUCAGCGCUGCGUUGUCCUCCUGCCAGACUCGAUCCGCAACUACAUGACCAAGUUUCUCAGCGACCAUUGGAUGGCGCAGAAGGGAUUCCUCCCCGAGGAGGACUACCUGCCGAACAAGCCCUGGUGGUGGGACAUGAAGGUUCAGGAUUUGUGUCUCUCCGCGCCGCUCACCGUCCUGCCGACGGUCAGCUGCCAGGAGACGAUGGCGCUCUUGCGCGAGAAGGGAUACGACCAGGUGCCUGUGGUGAACAGCGCAGGGCUGGUGCUGGGCAUGGUGACUCUUGGUAACAUGCUGUCCUGCACGCUCGCUGGCAAGGUCAAACCUUCCGACCCCGUCUCCAAGAUCCUCUACAAGCAAUUCAAGCAGAUCACUCUGAAGGACAACCUGGGCAAGCUGUCGCGCAUCCUGGAGACGGAUCACUUUGCGCUGGUGGUCCACGACCAGAUUCAGUGUAAGACUUUUGAUCGUGGCCAGGGCCACUCGCAGAAGCAGAACAUGGUGUUCGGGAUCGUGACGGCCAUCGACCUGCUCAACUACGUGACGACGCGCGAGAAGGAGACCCAGGUCAUCGGAGUCUGAGCCGCGACAGGGCCCCCAGGCCACGGCUCGCUCGCCCGCCCGCCGUGCGACGUGCGCUGUGCCUGUGUGUCGCUGCCGUCUGUGUGUUUUCUGGUGGUAUUAUUGCCGCUGCGUCCAUGUGUGUCCCUGUGCAUCCGUGUGAAUCUGUGUUGUGUCCGGUAGUGUUAUGCUGUGUGUGUUCUGUCUGGAGGCAUUAUUGCCAGUGUUUGUGUGUGUCUGGUCCCAUUAUUAUGUAUGUCUGGUGGAAUUUUACUGUGUGUCUGGUGGCAAUGUGCUGCGUGUGUCUCCGUCUCAUAAAAUGGUUCAUUGUGUUCGUGCGUGCACAUUUGUGAGAUGAUGAAAGGAGUAGCAGCAUCGUGGUUGGUGCACUGCACUCAAGUGGAGUUUUAUCUCAACUGAUCCUGGGUCCCUCCCCAAAGUCAACUCGGCCCCAAAUGAGCGCGCCCUAGUUAUGGUGUGCGUGCGUCAGCAUCGCCAAGGUGGCCAGGCACGGUACUGCUGGCCACACUGCCUGCUUGUGCGCCGUGCCGGCCUUUUAACAGGCGCUCGCUAACGGCACUUUUACCCACGUGGUUUGUAAGGCUACACGGGGAGGAGGGGGGGUGAAUCUGCGCAACGUGUACGUGCGUGUUGCGUUCCUGACGCUUGGUGGUAUUGGGAAGUUUGGUCAAGAAACGUUUUUGCCUAAACGCCGUUCGUAGUGUUGUGACGCCUGUCAAGCGGUUCGCGUGCAAGUUGCCAGCGGCGUUGUCACUUCAUCAGCGACUCGCACGGCAAUGUUUGGCGAGUGGAAACGUCUUGUGGCGAUGGCGCCGAUGGCUUUCACAGCCCCCCCUCCUCCUGUCCAAGCUUUACACGUUUUUUUUUUAAGUUGUCCCUAUUGCUCGGGGCGAUUCCACUAACCAUGUUGUGCCAGGUAUGGUUAAAGCGAUUUUUUUUUUUUAGAGAGAGAACGUACAUUUACGAAGUUUUAACUUGCCGCUAGUCUAAGACUGCCUCCUCGCAUCUCCUCUGUAACUUAUGGAGCAACGUGUUCAUGGAGUUGCUCGCCAUCAAACCACAUUUUGAUUUAUUCAAUUGCCAAAGCCUUGUUUUUCGUGCUAAUCAAUGUCUUCUUGAAACCGGUAGAUGAUGGAUGUCAGGUCAAAUUCACUGUUAAUAGUACUAUGGCAAAAAAAUGACUUAUUUUUUAAAAUAAUUAUAAGAUUUAUGAAGUAUCCGACUUUUCAGAUAGAUGGGUGGGAAGAGUCUGCGCUGACAUUAGUGGGUGGUACACAACUGCUAAAUUUGGCCAGUGGUGGCGGAGUGAUUGUGCGUGUCUCGGCAGACACCUGCAACCAACUCGCCCUGCAUGCAAAUAAACAAUCUCACGUCUGCUUGCUUUGGCGAGCAAGCGGUAAGCCCUCCGGAUUAUGUAUUCAAAUCGGGUCCUUAAUACGAUUUUAGAUUUUGUUUUUGUUUUAACUGCUCCGAUCUCAACGCCAGCAGCGCCGGGCAAUCCCGCAUUGAUAUUCGUGCCAGGCCGAUCUGCCUGGCACACGAGGGGCUCGUGCGCACGUGUAUCAGGCUUGCCUUGGGAGACGGAGAUGCAUGCGAGCACCGUGCUGACUGCGACGGUCCAUCUCUUGUGUUCGCGUGUCGAACUUCCUUUGCGCCGUGCGCGUCUGACCGUGCCGAUCGGACGGACGACGAACCAAACGCAAGAAAGCAGCAGCAGUUCGAAGGAAAUGGGUUUGCAAUCUGGAUUUUAAAAGUGCAUAGCCUCCGGUGCUAAUCUCCCCUGAGACAUCGGGGGCUGUAGGGUGGCACCCUGUGGCUGUGGAUGUGGAGUCGUGAUACUGGGUAUUUUUAGGGCAUUGAUGAAAUGUUUACUCUUGAAACGACCGUACAUUUACCGUAAUGCUUCCUUGUGUUCGAGCUGGACCAUCUGUCCAUUAUGUGUAAGCAAAUGGGUUGAUGCCUCGAAUUGUUUUGUCGUUUUUCAAUGCGAGACCGGAAUAAGUGAAGUUUUUCCAGUAAUUCAGUUUUUUUUUCUGUUCAAGCUAAUAACUGCACAGAAUAAUUGUUUAAUUUUAUUGUUAUUUUCUUUUAGUCUUCCCAGACAUCUGUAUUGCAAUUUUAAAUAAAGGAUUUGUUGGUGGUAGCGAUGA